UCUGAGAGCGACGAGUUCAGCUCCUUCCUCUACUGGCGAGCACCCCUGCCCAGCAUCGAGGAGGAGCUGCAGGAACUCCUGAAAGCUCAAGCCAUCUCCGUUAGCCCAGAGACCACUGAGGAGCACCAGAGCCCUGAGGAUGGGGCCAGUGCUGAGGAAGAAGAGGACGAGGAGGAGAGCGAUGAUGAAGGCUGGAUAACACCCAGCAACCUCAAGCAGGUGCAGCAGGAUGCAGGUCACUGUGACACUGCUCCCGUCGGCGUCCAGGUUGGCUGCGUCACCACUGACUUCGCCAUGCAGAACGUGCUGCUGCAGAUGGGCCUCCACGUGCUGGCAGUGAACGGCAUGCUGAUCCGCCAGGCCAGGAGCUACAUCCUCCGCUGCCACGGCUGCUUCAAGACCACGUCGGACAUGACCAAGGUUUUCUGCCCCCACUGCGGUAACAAGACCCUGAAGAAGGUCGCAGUGAGUGUCAGCGAUGACGGGAGCCUCCACAUGCACUUUUCCCGCAACCCCAAGGUGCUGAACCCCCGAGGGCUCAGGGUGAGUCGUGCCACGGGAAAGCACACAAACAACCCUCACCUGGUGAAAGACCAGCCCUUCCCACAGCAGCGGCUCUCCCGCAAGGCCAGGCAGAAGACCAACGUCUUCGACCCCGACUACAUCGCCGGGGUCUCGCCCUUUGCGGAAAACGACAUCUACAGCCGCGCGGCCAACCUGCAAAUCCGGGACGCAGCCCUGGGUGCUGGCAGGAGGCGCCUGAACCCCAACGCUGUCACAAAGAA